CACACACAUAUUUCUGAUCAAAACGGCAGCGCCCUCUGGCUGCCCCCGCCGCCUCGCUCACUCACUCACUCACUCACUCGCUAUUGGGGCAGUGUUGUAACCACAUCGCCAAGCCGGCCCCUCAUUCGCUUGACCAUACUUCCUUGACACAAGCCAAUACGCUCGCCCCCCCUUACCGCAUUGAAAACUGAGAGAGAGAACUCUCGCGCGCGCUCUCUCUCUCUCUCUCUCUCUCUCUCUCUCUCAGUCGGGUCAGUCGGUCGGUCAGCUGGUCGGGGUGACUGGCACGAUUCCCCCCCCUUCCCGCUCUCGCCGACGCUUAUACAGACAACAGUAUACCAGUUCUUCCGGGAGUAGACAACGACUGUAAACUGGUUGCUGCCCACCGCGCUCCUCAGGUCCGCAAACCAUGAAUAUGCAGUCAGACCCGGACUCCCCGAUGCUUGGCAGCGGGCACAGCGGCAACGAUGAUGCCGGUUCCAACACGGGGCAGCAUCCUGUCAAACGAACUCGCCGUCAGAUUCGCCACCGCGUACGUACCCACCACCAUCACCAUCCGCUGCCGUUUGCCUCGACGCUGGUACACGGAAGAAGAGAAAAUGAGACAUGGCGCAUUGGGUUGCUCACUUGCCGUCACCUUGGCGCUCCCCCCCCUCAACAGGAAACGGAGAAGCUUCGCCGGGAGCGAUUGGCAGAUGGUUAUUCUCGCCUGCAAGACUUGUUGGUCUUGCCGCGGACCCUCGAAAAGUCGGCCGUGCUCGAAUCUGCAGCCGCCCGUAUCGUUGAGCUGACCAAGGCGUUGGAGCGGGUUGAAAAGUCAAAUGCUGUUCUGACAGAACAACUCGCCCAAUCUCAGCAACAGCAACAGCACCAUCAACUCCAGCUUCUUCAAUUGCAACAGCAGCAGCAGCAGGUCACACACACCUUCUCGCACGGCUCAAGUAGCAUCUACCCCACGCAGCCUCAGCACCAGCAUGGACACUUGACCAUGCAUGCCCCGCAGCAAACGCUCGUGGGCUCCCCCAACAGCGAUCAUAGCAGCAGUAGCAGCCCUACUCAAUCAGGGCUCAUCGCCGCGCCUGGGUCUUUCCCCUCUCACCCCCACGACCCAGUUCACCACAAGACCUCCAACUGGCCCGCACAGGAUCAUCGUCACCACUCAGACCGUGGCGAUGCAUGGCAGGGCCUGACCAUGCGUACAUCUGCCUCCUAUACGUGGGACAUGGACCAGAAACCGGGAGUUGAGGGCAACCUACACUUUGCCCCCUUAGCCUCCUCCCACACCAUGCGAACACACCAAAACCGGCCUGCGUACGCCGGUGCAAGCUCCACCUUCAAUCGCGACUUGCUUGACCUAGCCAUCGACUACCCUCACCAAGGCAACAACCCCGGCACCACGGAUGCUGAUGUUGAAGUCUUAAGCACCCGCAAUGCAAUGGACGUGUACGACAUCAUGAUUGAGCUCAAGGUCAACCCCUGCAUUGGUCGCUUUAAGUGUCAGGGACCUCGCGUUCUAGAACUGAAUACCCAUGCCGAAAACAUGCUCGGAAUCACGGCCUGCUCCAUUGCAAACACCCUAAACUGGCAUAAUCGGGUCACAGUACCGGACGACCCCAUGUUGAAUGUGCGAGACCUCAUUCAGUUUCUGAGUGAUAAGAGCCUUCUCCUCCGCUCCGUACGGCGGAUGCGCACCUCCACAGGCGAAGUUAUCUGGUCUUACGGCGUCACUCGCAUUGUUGAACUUUUUGAUAUCAUGUAUCCCGUUCUUGAGAGCAACUUCAUCCCCAUCGAACCUCCUGCUGACGGCCGUGCCCUCGUGGUCGUCGAACCGCGAAACCCGUGA